AUGGCUGACGCUGCGCCUGCGCCCGCUGGAGAACGUGGAGGAUUUGGCCGUGGCCGUGGCGGCCGCGGUGGCCGUGGCCGCGGACGUGGCCGUGGCCGUGGCCGUGAGGAGUCCAAGGAGUGGGUGCCCGUGACCAAGCUCGGCCGCCUGGUAAAGGAGGGCAAGAUCGGCUCGCUCGAGGAGAUCUACCUCUUCUCGCUGCCCAUCAAGGAGUGCGAGAUCGUCAACUACUUCCUGGAGUCGUCGCUCAAGGACGAGGUCAUGAAGAUCAUGCCCGUGCAGAAGCAGACCACGGCCGGCCAGCGCACGCGCUUCAAGGCCUUCGUGGCUGUGGGCGACAGCAACGGCCACAUCGGCCUCGGCGUCAAGUGCGCCAAGGAGGUGGCCACCGCCAUCCGCGGCGCCAUCAUCCUGGCCAAGAUCUCGCUGGUGCCCGUGCGCCGCGGCUACUGGGGCCGUAUGGUCGGUGCCCCGCACACCGUGCCCAACAAGGUGACGGGCAAGUGCGGCUCCGUCCGCGUGCGCCUCAUCCCGGCCCCCCGUGGUACCGGUCUGUGUGCCGCCCCCGUGCCCAAGAAGCUUCUGGGCAUGGCCGGUAUUGAGGACUGCUACACCUCGGCCCGCGGCCACACGCGCACCCUGGGCAACUUCGUGAAGGCCACCUUCUACGCCCUGCGUGCCACCUACGCGUACCUGACCCCGGACCUCUGGGAGCAGCACACGUUCGGCCCCUCGCCGUACCAGGAGCACACGGACUUCCUGGCCAAGACCGCCAUCAAGAAGUAA